AUGGCGUCAGUCACUCCCCGCGCAUCUGGUUUCUGGGAAGACGAUCGGAGGAUGAGUUACUUCAACGAUGUCGAGGCUGAUGGAGAGCAAGGCGACGAGGUCUAUGACGACCUCGACGAUCGGACACCGCUCGACAGGACCAUUGACAAGAUAGGCAUGGGGAGCUAUCAAUGGACGUUGCUCUCACUCUGCGGGUUCGGCUGGUUGGCGGAUAACAUGUGGAUACAAGCCGUCGCAAUUAUCCUACCAAGAGUGCAACAACAUUAUAACGUGUCCGACGCGUACAUCGGCACACUUUCAUCGUCCAUGUUCGCUGGGAUGAUGUUUGGAGCGGUGGGAUGGGGCACAUGCUCUGACAUGCUGGGACGAAGCAAAGCAUUCAAUGCGACGUUGUUCUUUACGUCCUUGUUUGGCUACCUCGCUGCGUGGGUUUCGUCCUUUCGCGCACUAUGUGCCGUCUUCUUUUUCCUUGGGAGUGCCGUUGGCGGGUCUAUGCCGACUGAUGGCACGCUUCUCCUCGAGCACAUGCCCAAGGGCAAGCAAUACCUCGUCACCGCCCUGUCCGUAUUUUUCUCCUUUGGAUCAGUCGUUGCUGCAGUUGUCGGCCUCAUCGUUGUCCCACAAUAUUCCUGCAAGCCUGGCGCCGCAUGCGAUAUUCCACAUGACAACAAGGGCUGGCAAUAUAUGCUUGCCGUGCUCGGUACCAUCACGCUCGUUAUGUUCCUGGCACGAAUAGUCUUCUUCCGUUUGCACGAAUCGCCACGAUACCUCGUUCAUGCCGGUCGACACCAGGAAGCUCUCGAGUCGCUGCAGCUGAUCUCCCGCUUCAAUGGGGAUGAGAUGCAGUUCGACCUUGAAGAUGUCGACGACCGGCCCAGGCAGUCAACCUCCCCGCCUCGCACCCCUGAGGGCGGCGAAGCGAGCGAGCGGGCACCGUUCCUCAACUCUCGUAACGUCGAGACGCUCUUUGAUGCCGAUGCGACAACUUCGACUCCGUCGAGUAGCCACGAGGUGCCGCGGAACGGGGACACAGCGAAGGACUACAGCUCGACGGGCGAGUCGCCCAAUGGGCUCGGCUCGCACGCCUAUGUCACGCCCGUGUCCGAGGUACCGCCCCAAGGCAUGCCGUCGAUACGGGCGCGUUCGUCGUCUAUCGUGUCGUACGAGAUCCAAAAGCAUGCGGGCGUGCUGCCGCGGUGGAUCCGCCGACCGCUGCUUGCGUGGCUCGAUCGCAUCGCGAUGGUGCUGGCGCCCGAGUGGCUGCGCACGACUGUGCUUAUGUGGGGGGUGUGGCUUUGCAUGUCGCUAGCAUAUACGAUGUUUAACGUAUAUCUACCAAAAUUGCUAGAGACGGCUGGUGGGCCGGAGGUUGAGACUGAAAAGUCGUUAGAAGACACGUUGUGGGACGUGGUGAUCUUCACCCUUGGUGGGACGCCGGGUGCUUUGCUAGGCGCGUAUAUGGUAGAAACCCGGCUUGGUCGACGGGGCUCAUUGCUGUCGUCGACGCUUAUAACAGCGUUCUUCUGCGUGGUGUUUGCGCAGGUUACGUCGCCGCUCGCAGUGCGCGUCAGCUCUGCUGCCAUUAGUCUCAGUGCGACCACUAUGUACGCCGUGUUGUACGGGUGGACGCCUGAGCUAUUUGGCACAAAAAUACGAGGCACGGCGUGUGGCAUCGCGUCAGCGCUUUCACGGAUUGGCGGAAUGAUCGCGCCGAUUCUCGGUGGCAUUCUGCUCGUUAUCAACCGGGCGUUCCCGGUGUACAUGAGCGUUGGCGUCUAUCUGGCCACGGCGGUAUUUAUCGCACUUUUGCACGAGACGGCUGGAGAAGAGAAGGGCGGAGGCGGGUUUGUUCAUUGA